AUGGAAAAGUUGAGUGUGGAAAUUUUGAAACAAAUUAAAUCAAACACUUAAAUUAGAUAUUAAUAAGAUGACAAUUGUGUUGUAAUAUCUGUACAUGGGCCUUACUAAAUUGGAUCAUAAAAAGCAAAUUAAUGUAUUAAAAUUUAUCUAUUUAGAGGCUAUCCUUGAUAUAUAGAUAAAAUUUGAAUAGGAUAAAUCUUUAGAAUUAUAAUUAAAAUCAAUAUUUGAACAAGCUCUUAAUUUACAAGAAUAUCCAUAGCAACAAAUAAGAGUUUCUUGUAUUAUUUAAAUUAAUACAAUCAAUGUAUAUAUCAAUCUCAAAUAGAUUUUUUCAACCUUAUGCAAUGGAAUAAUGAUAGCCUUAUUGCAUUAAGGUAUAUCAAUGAGCAAAUCGAUCUAUAGUAUCACAAUAGCCAAUACACGUUUAGUAUUUUAAUAAAUCACUAAUGAUUUACUCUUUAUUGACAAUAAAAAGACAUAAUCAAUUGAUUAAACAAUGGACUAAAUUAAGGAAGGAAUAAGUAAAACUCAAUUGUUUGAAUAAUGGCUUCGCAGUUAUUUAUAUGAAUAUUAUGUAAAUAAUAAUUUGUUAUGA